GAACCUGAAAUAUUUAAGGAAAGAUUACCCUACCGUUGUCUCAUUCGAACAUUGAUAUUCUCUUUCUUAAUGUUUCCUUUAUUGUAUGUCCAUAUAAAUAAAUAACGUAUUCAUACUUAUAUAUAUAUAUAUAUAUAUCCUAGUUCAUGUGGCGCCAGAUUCUUACGAAGGCAGGGGUCUACGUAAACCCCACCAUUCAGAGGCUGCACAUUGCCGCAAAGGAUUGCCAAGGAUUGGUCUGCUCAGAUGCCAUCGUGGAUGGCGAGGUGAUCGCGGCGAUACCUUUUUGGUAUUGUACCUCUCCAAUCAUUUCUCUUGCAUCGCCGUGGGGAAAACAGUUAGGGACUCACUUAUCAGAUGUCUAUUAUCGUAUUGAUGAGGCUCAGGUCGAUUUUAGUAAGGAAAGCUUGCUCACUGUUGUUUUGACCGCUCUCUCUAUGGAACCGCAUUGUAUUUUGGCGAAUUACUUGAAUUUUUUACCAAUUGAGCGCGAGUCUGAGUUUUCUUUGAGAAAUAAGCUUGGCGAUGCCAUGAUGCAGAAGCUUCACCACAUCCAGAAAAUCAACGAUGAUAUUAUGAAAGACACGCAAAUUGUUUUACGUUAUUGCGGUGUAAAUGUUGAAUUGGAUCGGCUGCGACGCGCGCAUGCACUUUGUGAGAGUCGUUGCGUCGAUAUACCGUUUAGUGAGGAAGUCUUUGGAGGUCCCGCAUUCGUUCCUUUUGUUGAUCUGAUUAACCAUGGUGAUACACAAAACAUUACCGUUCUCUUAACCUUUUCUGAUGAUGCCGUGCAGCGCGCGAAGAGGUCCUCCUGUGCGAAUAUGAUAUCAACAAAGACUCCUUUUUACGUUAUGGUUUUGGCUGCGUGUUCCCUUUCUUGUGAUGAAGAGCUGACCUACCCGUACGUUGAUCCCAACGAAGAGGCUUUGCUGUACCAAAACCCACUUUAUUGGGCUCUCCGCUUUCAUUUUUUACCUUAUUCUAUAGAAGAAAGGAUCAAAUUAUUAGGUGAAGAAAAAUCAGUAAUGCGUAAGGGAAAAAAAUAACAAUCCAAUAUAACAAUACGGUGUCAAAAAAAAGAGAUUGCGUCAUUACAUUUUAGUCUCACAAACGUAUUUUAAA